UCAGUCGAAAAUUUGAAUCCGGUUCGCGCGGACGUGACUCGGAUGGUGGAAGGAAACCCAGACCGCAAACGAAACCGCAACCAGAAGUCAAUUUUACGCGUUUAUGUCUGAAAGGGACUUGUGCUGAAGAGGCGGGAGUUAGGAAAACAAAAUGUGACAACAGAAACGAAGAAAAAAGUUAAUGGAAAGUGGCAAAGAAAGAAAAGAAGAAUUAAGACAAAGUUAAACCACUUGAUGUCCUCUUGGGUGUCCUGUGUCCCGUGUCCUGCAGUGCCGCCUGUCGAGUGUCUUUUGCCGAAAUCACUUUUAAAAUUUGUUUGCUCCCGCCUUAUGCAAAUGGAUAUUAGAAUGCCGCGCUGAAUUGCGAAGCCGAGGAACAAAAACAGGACCGAAGAAAACAGAGGAUUUCUCCAAGGACGCGUAACGUAAAUGUAGUUAUUAGGGAUUAAACGGAUUUGUGCUGUUCAACAAAAUAAGUUUUGGAAGAGACCAAAAAGCUAAAUAAACAAAUUGGAUUACCAUGGAAUAAAGUCGAGUUCCGAUGCCAGUUUAUUUGUCUAUGCUGGUGCCACUGCAUCGCCAAUAAAAGUUUGCCACUCAACAAAGGCGAAAACACUUAAAUAAAUAUAUAAAUCAAGCAACACAAAAAUUGUGCAAAACCAAGUGCAGAGACCGAGUAAGCCAACAAUGGGUUUGCACGAAAAUCGCUUGAGAAAACGCAUCGAAAAACUUGUGGCCGACCCAUAAAGAAGAAUUGCAAUUUUUUGUCGAAAGCUAGAAAUAAAAUCAAAUGAAAUAAAAUAAAAUAAAAUGAAACAGUAUAGAGGUUAGAUAGAACCCAAAUGGAGGCAAGCCAGGACCCAAGCCAGCCCCAAGUGUAUUAAUUCAAUAAACCUAUUUAUCUGAGACUUCGACUGGGAUUUCGAGAACGGAGCAGAGAAUGCGACAAAGUUUGCCAGCCAAGACGGCGCAGUGCAAUCAGCAGAUCCUGUCUGUCCUGGUCCUGGCCCUCGCCCUGGUCUUGGUCCUAAGGAGCACGAGAAGCCAGAUUCGAUGCCGCAAACGAGUCCCAAUUGGAGGCAGGCGGACAAUGAGCGCACAAAAGGCGCUGUAAGUGUCAUUGCAGCCAGGAACUGGGCCACUGGGACUGCCACGCAGGACUGGAGCCAGAAGAGCAGCAGUAGCUGGAGCAGCACCAGUCGAAGAACCGGAAUCAGCAGAACCAGGACCAGGCCAGCCACGUUGACAACCGAGAUGACAGUGGCAGGACGAGCAGAACGAGCAGGAGUAGGAGCGCCGUGGUGUCGCCGAUUUUUCCAUACAUCCCCACUAGCGUCUUGGCUACGCAUCAGCUUCGUCCUUUUGGUCCUUCCAGCUCUCGGCUUUGGGAUACAAGUAGUCACCUGCAGCAAUCCGGAACUAGGAGCAAGUGCUCCAGAUCCAGUGGAUUUAACAUGGGGAGGGAAAAACACUGAGGGACAGCUUACGACGGCCACAAGAUCCACUCUGCCAGAUAGUCCAAUGACAACACAAAACGAUCUAAUUACGACAGCCAGCAACUUAGCGACAGCAAAAAAGCCAGCCACAGCAGCCUCAGAGGCAGUAGUAGAUACGGCAGAAACAGCAGAAACAGCACCACCGACUGAGGCAACCAGCUCAUGGAGCUCCACGGCCGUAGCCCGGGGCAUGUCAUCAGCAGAUGGAGCAGGGGAGGCGAUAGCAACCAGCCAGUCAGCACAAAUUGGGCUAACUACUCAGGCCACAGUACGGCAAACAGAAGCGCAGACAGCAUCAACAGCGACACAAGCCGCAGCAGCAACAUCAGCAGCAACAUCAGCGGCAAUAGCAUCAGCAGCAGCAGCAACAGAGACCGCAGCAGAGAUGCUCAUAUCAACAAUUUAUCCAGCAUCAACGGAAACGGAUUUGCACAACUCCAUUGAGCGAGUAGAGGGGCAACGUGGAAAGAUGGCGAACGCGUUUCAUCCGGGUGUCCCUGAUUCAUUGACCAAGGGCUUCUCCAUUCCGACCUUCCUGCCUCCAUUUCCCGUUUUCGCGGCUGCGGAUUUGCCAGCUUACCGCGCCGCUGCUGAUGCAGCCGAGGCGGCCAAGUUGGCGGCAGAGGCGGCGGCCCAGGCAGCGGCCGCCAAAACAUCCUCGGAAGCGGUGACAAUGUCGCCGGAGGAGCAGCGCCGUCAAAUGUUUAAUGAGCAGCACUCCUACCUGGCCGCCCACCGCGAUGGUGGCGAUGGGGCGGGGUCGGCGGUGCGGCGCAACCUGACAAUGCCCGUGCUAAACAUCACCGCUCAGAUGGGAAACCACGCCUACAUGCCGUGCCAGAUACAUCGAUUGUCGGAUAAACCCGUUUCAUGGGUGCGCAUGCGCGAUAACCACAUUAUCAGCGUGGACGAAACGACCUUUAUAGCGGAUGAGCGAUUCCAAUCGAUAUAUCAGGAGGAUCACGACUACACCUGGUCCCUGCAAAUCAAGUACGUGGAGCCAAGCGAUGCCGGAUGGUACGAGUGUCAGAUGGCAACAGAGCCAAAGCUGAGUGCCAAAGUUCACCUGCAGAUAGUCAAACCCAAGACUGAGCUGAUUGGUGAUCAGAGCCGCUUCGUGAAGGCGGGCAGCAAGGUGGCGCUGCACUGCAUCGUACGGGGCACCCUGGAUCCGCCCAAGUACAUAAUCUGGUUCCGGGGCCAGAAGAAGAUUAGCGAUAGUGACGAGCGAACUGGUUGGUAUACGCAGCUAGAUCGGAAUAUAUUUGGAACCGUGGGCGAUAAUCAAAACACGAUCGGCUCAUUAAUUAUACCGCUCGUGCGAAAGGAGGAUUCCGGCAAUUAUACGUGCCAGCCAUCGAACAGCGUCUCCGUGUCCGUGGACCUGCACGUGCUAAGCGGUGAAUAUUCCGCAUCGGCCAUCAUGUCAACGGCGGCAAGGACGACGAAAGGCGGGAGGAGCACGUGCCACUCGACGCUGGGACUCCUGGGAAUCCUUGGACUCCUAUGGGCGAUGCAGGGAGCGAUGCACACACCGCCGACCCAGACGUGACUCGCCUAUUGAACGAACGCCUGGUCGCGGCGUCCGACUUCCAAUUAUUUGUAAGCUUUUGCGCCAUCUGCAGUUACGUAAUUUAGGUUAGAGAUUAAUUAAAGGCGGCCUUGUAAAUAGCGGAGAUGACAACAGAGGCAGAAGGUGGAGCUGGAGCAGGAGCAGGAGCAGGAGCCCAGUCGAAACCGAAUUGACGAUUCUGUAAUUAGGUUAAACGUUGCCAUAACUCUCAUGUCUGCGUGUCUCACAUUAUCCCCAUACCAUACUGCAUUAAAUCUAAUGUAAAAUUCAAUUUAAGCAGACCCCAUUUCAAGUUGUGAAAUCGAAUCAAUAAUUAGAUUAUUGUCGGAGAGAAAUAUUAUUAAAUGAAAAUAAUAAAACUGAAUCAUAAAAAUCCAUCAUAAAUAACAGGCAUUCAAUAAAUCAUGUGAAACUUU